CUCCAGGAGAACAAGCACUUGAACCUCCAGUUGUUCAAAAAUAGCCACAAGGCAUCUGAGUAUGAGAAGCAUAUGCGUGAGGCUGCGGAGCGGAGGCAGCAGCUAGAGUUGGAGCAUGAGCAGGCCUUGGCUGUACUCAAUGCAAAGCAGCAGGAGAUUGACCUUCUUCAGAAGGCUCAGGUUGAGGCUAAAAAGGAACAUGAAGGCGCUGUCCAUCUGUUAGAGGCCAAAGUCCGUGAGCUGGAGGAAAAAUGUCGGACUCAGAGUGAGCAGUUCAACCUCCUGUCAAAAGAGCUGGAGAAGUUCCGGCUCCAGGCUGGGAAGUUUGAUAUCCUCAGCACUGAACCCUUAACUGUAUGUGAAUCUCCUGGGUCGCCCAACAAAUCCCUGUCCCAGCUCCUUAAUGGACUGGCUGCCCCCUUAGGAAAAGGCAAUGAGGCUCCAACAAGCAGAUCUUUGAUAUCUGAGUUCAUUCGACCACUCCAGAUCAGUGGAGACAAGCCCGAGCUCCUCUCUGUCAAGCCAACAUUCCUCACUCGCACUCGAGGCAGCAGCCCAGCACGGGCUUUCCUCUCUGAGAUGGACAAAGAGCUCAGAUCAACCACAAGGUCCAAACCAAGAUUCACAGGGAAGGUUCGUCUGUGUAUUGCUCGGUACAGUUACAAUCCUUAUGAUGGGCCCAAUGAGCAUCCUGAGGCAGAGCUCCCCUUGGUGGCAGGGAAGUACCUCUACGUUUACGGGACAAUGGACGAGGAUGGCUUUUAUGAAGGAGAGCUGCUGGAUGGACAGCGGGGACUCGUCCCAUCCAAUUUUGUGGAUUUUGUCCAAGAUGAGGAGACACCCUCUGUCCAGCACAGGGACACAGUGGCUAAAGAACCUGGCUACCUCAACCACAGUAGCCUGGGGCCUCAGAGACUGGGGGUCGGCACAGGAACAGGGACAGGAACAAGCAUAAGCAGCCUGCUGUCUGACAGUAAACUAGACUGUCUAAGCACCAGCAGCUUGGGCAUGGACCUCCUGGGCUCUUCCAGCAAUGGGACAGGAACCCUGGAUGUCAGCAUUGACGAGGUCGGUGAAGACAUUGUGCCUUAUCCCCGCCGCAUCAACCUGAUUAAACAACUGGCCAAGAGUGUAAUUAUUGGCUGGGAUCCUCCUGUGGUCCCACCAGGCUGGGGCUCCAUCAGUGGCUACAAUGUCUUGGUGGAUAAAGAGGUUCGCAUGAGUGUCCCCUACGGGGGCAGGACGAAAUCGCUUAUUGAAAAGCUCAAUCUGGCCACCAACACCUACCGUAUCUCUGUGCAGAGCAUCACUGAUCGCGGCCCGUCGGACGAGCUCCGGUGCACUCUGCUCGUGGGAAAGGAUGUGGUGGUGGCACCUUAUUAUUUGCGGGUGGACAGCAUCACACAGGUCUCUGCUGAGCUCUCUUGGAUGCCCAGCAACAGCAACUACAGUCACACUAUCUUCCUCAAUGGUGCAGAGUAUGACAUGGUCAAGGCCGGAGGCUACAAGUACAAGUUCUUCAACCUGAAGCCCAUGACAGUUUACAAGGUGAAAGUUGUGGCGCAGCCGCAUCAGGUGCCUUGGCAGCUUCCGAUGGAUCAAAGAGAGAAGAGGGAAAUCUCGGUGGAGUUCUGCACUCAGCCUGCAGGGCCCCCUCUCCCUCCCCAGGAGGUGCAAGUCCAGUGUGGUCAGACUCCUGGGGUCCUGCAGAUCAGAUGGAAGCCGCCACCUCUGACACCUUCAGGAACCUCUAACGGGGCCAGUGUGAUUGGCUAUGCUGUGUGCACAAAGGGACAAAAGAUAGCAGAGGUCUUGUACCCCACAGCAGACUAUGUGACCGUGGAGUUAAACAGGAUUCAGUGUCUGGAGGCCAGGGAAGUCAUUGUAAGGACGUUAUCGACUCAAGGAGAGUCCCAGGACUCGCCAGUGGCCGUCAUCCCGCACAAUCUCUUGGGAUCUCCACGUCUGUCCCACCGAACCACUGCGCCUCCCCACCCUAUCCCUCACCCGCAGUCCCACCCAACGUUAGUAAGUGCCAGAGAGCCAGAAACCAAAGAGCAUGAGGUGGGCCUGCGGCCAGCCCAGCCCUGGGAGCGCUCCCCCUCUCCGCUGCCUCCCAUGCGCGGAUCUAACUUAGAGCCGCCGCACUUCCAGCCACGGCGAUCGCCCUCUCCACAGAGGAUCCUGCCGCAGCCUCAGGGAGUCCCCAUCCCCAACACCAUCGCCAAGGCCAUGGCCAGGGAAGCUGCCCAGAGAGUGUUUGCCGAGGGUAACCGGGUUGAGAAAAGGAAUAUCUUUAGUGAACGAGGUAACGCCUUGCAUCCACUCAACUCGGAUGAGGAGGAGGAUGGCUACGACUCUCCUCAUGCGAGGAGGAGAGGAGCCUCGGUGGAUGAAUUCCUCAGAGGCUCAGAGUUGGGCAGACAGCACCAUCAUUACCACUACAGCCACAGCGAGGAGUACCACACAGAGAGCAGCCGGGGUUCGGACCUGUCUGACAUAAUGGAGGAGGACGAGGAAGAUCUUUACUCUGAGAUGCAACUGGAGGAGGGCCGCAGGCGCAGUAUCAACUCUCACAACACUCUUAAGAUCAUUGGGAACUCACCAUCACAUGGAAGCGCCGAUCGUCUGGACCACUCAGGGAGGAGGCCGGUUCACAUCGGCACCCCCCCUCAGCGACGACCCAUUCCAUCCAUUGACGGCUAUGGCGGUCGCAGGCACGGGCGGGGACGGCGUUCCCCGGAUUACUAUGAGGAAUCAGAGCCAGAGGAGCUGACCCGUGUGUUUGUGGCUCUGUUUGACUAUGACCCCCUGUCCAUGUCUCCCAACCCUGAUGCUGCUGAUGAGGAGCUGCCAUUCAAGGAGGGCCAGAUCAUCAAGGUGUUUGGGAAUAAAGAUACGGAUGGCUUCUACAGGGCGGAGAUUCGAGAACGAGUGGGUCUGAUCCCCUGUAACAUGGUCUCUGAGAUCCAAACAGAGGAUGAUGAGAUGAUGGACCAACUCCUUAAACAGGGCUUCCUGCCACUCAACACUCCUGUGGAGAAGUUAGAGAGGAACAGGCGGAGCGGCCGUCAACACCCGAUGUCAACACGGAGAAUGGUAGCCCUGUACGACUACGACCCCAGAGAGAGCUCCCCUAACGUUGAUGUAGAGGCUGAACUGACUUUCUGUGCCGGUGACGUCAUCACAGUUUUUGGUGAAAUAGAUGAAGAUGGCUUUUACUAUGGCGAGCUCAAUGGACACAAAGGACUUGUUCCUUCCAACUUUCUAGAAGAAGUGCCUGAUGAUGUAGAGGUUUUUCUCACUGACUCACCAUCUCGAUACCCCCAGGACAAUCCAGCACGGAUAAAGACCAAAAGGGUUCCAUUGGAAAAAUCGGGUCCGCCCAGAAGAGCAGCCUCUCCCACAGUGCGUCCACACAUCCCUGGCUCUGGCCCUGCCACCGUGGGGCCCGGCAGUCCCAUCAGGGCCCCAGUGGACAUGUACUCCUCCAAAAAGAGAAAGGGACUGCUCUCCAAAGGGAAGAAACUAUUGCAAAGACUUGGCGCUGUAAAAUAA